AUGUCGGUCAAGUUCGACAAGGAAACCUUCCACUCGACGGCCGCUGCCGUCGACGCGGCCUCCAAGGGCAACGACGACCUGAUGCACGAAAUCGGCCAGGCCAUCACCAAAGGCGGCGGCCCCAAUGGCUACCUCGCUGCCUACCUCAAGCAGCUGCAGAGCAACCCAUUGCGCACCAAGAUGCUCACCUCGGGUACCCUCUCCGGCCUACAGGAGUUCCUCGCCUCGUGGAUUGCCCAUGACCGGAGCAAGUCCGGUCACUACUUCACCUCGCGCGUCCCCAAGAUGGCCAUCUACGGCGCUCUGAUCAGUGCGCCCUUGGGCCACGUCCUGAUCAGCGCGCUCCAGAAAGUUUUCCAGGGCCGCAAGAGUCUGAAGGCAAAGGUCCUGCAGAUUCUUGCUAGCAACUUGAUCGUUGCGCCCAUUCAAAACAGCGUCUACCUGAUCUGCAUGGCCCUCAUUGCCGGCGCGCGCACUUUCCAUCAAGUCAAGGCUACGGUCAAGGCUGGUUUCUGGCCCGUCAUGAAGGUCAGCUGGGUCGUCUCGCCCCUCUCGCUGGCCUUUGCCCAGCAGUUCCUCCCGGAGACCACCUGGGUACCCUUCUUCAACAUUAUCGGUUUCAUCAUUGGCACAUACAUCAACGCCCACACCAAGAAGAAGCGAUUAGCCGCUCUCAGGCGAAAGCACUACGGCGAGGGAGGCGGAAGGACUUCUCGUCCCGGCUCGCGCCCCGGCUCAGUCAGUGGAAGGGCUGUUGACGAAUACGGUCGUCCCGAUGAUCGCCCACGCUAUUAA